AUGGCGGAGAUCUCUGUCCACACGGUCAGCAACAAGCCCCCUUACGGCGUUCAACGCGUCGUUCGAGGCGAGUACGAGCGUUGCCUCUAUCUAGGUUCCAUUGGCGACCUCAAGAUUCGCGGCUGGAUGACUAUCUGCGUCGAGAAUGGUGCUUGGAUUUACAAGGAUACCCAUGGGGGUUAUUGGCGCGGAGAGCACGGCCACCUUAUGCCCUGGCAUGGAAUGCUCGUCCCUCUCGGCGGAAACUACACGCCCAAUCCCGGCAAGGGUCCCAAGAGACCCGACACUCCUCGGCCCAGCCUCGAAACUCCUCAGGUUGUGACCUUCCUCGAGGAGCGGCCCGAGAAGAAGCAUGGAGCCUGGUGUAAGACUAAGUCGGCAUUCAAGAAUAUCUUCAAGCGCAAGCCUCGCGAUGAGAGAGAGGAGCGCGAGAAGAUGGAGAAAGCCACUCGUGAGGUCCAGGUGGUUUUCAAGGAUUUGUUGAACUAG